CAUUGUAGGCUUUGCGUAGCUAAUCCGAAAUUUUAUAACAUUUAAAUUUCAUAUUUAUUUCUUGUAAUAAGAUUUAAUUGCUCAAUUGUAGUACACACUACGAUUGUAGGACUAUUUGGAUGUCGAGAUGCCAUCCCCGUCAUCACAUCCGUAUGGCCUGACAGUGGACGAUAUAGCCAAUCAAUAUGGAGCAGCAACUGCCACUAUACACAACUCUGAAGCCCGGCAGGCGCCAGCCGCACGGCGGCCCCUUCCAGAUCGGGAGGACGCCUUGGAGUACUUCAUUAAGUUUCCGAAGAGCUGUGUUGAGAACGACUUGGGGUUGGCCGACGCCAACGAAGAUAACGUACCAAUUGUAAUACUGCUAGGCUGGGCGGGCUGCAAGGAUCGAUAUCUAAUGAAGUAUUCAAAAAUUUAUGAGGAUAGAGGCCUGAUAACAGUGCGGUAUACUGCACCAGUGGACACAUUGUUUUGGAAGCGCUCUGAAAUGGUACCUAUCGGAGAAAAGAUUCUUAAGCUCAUUCAGGAUAUGAACUUCGAUGCCCAUCCCCUGAUUUUUCAUAUAUUUUCAAACGGUGGUGCCUACCUAUACCAACACAUAAACCUAGCCAUGAUCAAUCACAAGUCUCCUUUAGAGGUCCGAGGUGUGAUUUUCGACUCGGCACCAGGCGAGCGUCGAAUGUUGGGCCUAUACCGUGCUAUCAUAGCCAUAUAUGGACGGGAGAAGCGCUGCAAUUGCCUCACUGCGUUGGCCAUCACUCUUACUUUGAGCAUUAUGUGGUUUGUGGAGGAAUCCUAUGCGGCAUUCAAGAAUCUGUUCGUGCACUCGUCUCCGAUCCAUCCCAGUCCGUUUUGCGAACUGAAAAACGAGAGCAACAAGUUUCCACAGAUGUUUUUGUAUUCCAAGGGCGACGACGUUAUCCCUUACCGAGAUGUGGAAAAUUUUAUUCGACUUAGGCGCGAACAAGGAAUCGAGGUAUCAGCGGUGUGCUUUGAAGAUGCCGAACAUGUUAAGAUAUACACUAAGUAUCCAAAACAAUACAUUCAGUGUGUCUGUAACUUUAUCAAGAAUUGUAUGGCCAUACCUUAUCCCCUGAAGGUGCUACCUGAUUCUAAGGCCAGCUUAUCGUCCUCAGUAAAUCAAAAUCGCACAAAUUUGAAGUAUGAUUAAAUGGAACUGUCAAAAUACUCAAACGAACAUAAAAGUAAA